UUAAAUGUCAAUUUUAAGGUAAACAAACCAAACUUGACAAAGAGCAAUUAAUUUGAACAAAAAAAAAAAAAAAAAAAAAAAAGACAAAGAGCAAUUAAUUUUAGUGUCUUUUGGCCAAAAAAAUCAAACUUUUGUUAUAGAAAGAGCCUGUAAUGCCCGUCUCUGUUGUUGAAGGAUGAACAAUAAACGCAAGAUCAUGAACUCGAUAUCAAGUAUGAACCAAAAAAGAAAGAGCUCGUCUCUUCUUCGCUUGUUCCCUUUCGUGUUUUUUCUUGGAAUGGUUUUCCUUUUAGGGAAUGCGUUUAUUACUGUAGACUAUAAAGAGGGUAUCUCGGGAUGGAGUUCGAUAAUUAGACUAAAUCUUGCAAAACUGAAGAUGUGCAAGACACAACUAAGACCUCUUGGAAGCGAGAUAUUACCUAGAGGCAUUGUUGCAAGUACAUCUGAUUUGGAAAUGAGACUAUUGUGGGGGGGAAAGCGGAUUAAGAAUCCAAAGCCGAACUUGUUGGCUAUGGCAGCAGGAAUAAAACAGAAAGAAAGUGUCAACAAUAUUGUGAAGAAGUUUUCAUCAAGUGAGUUUGUUGUGAUGUUGUUUCAUUAUGAUGGCGCCGUGGAUGAAUGGAAUGAGUUUGAGUGGAGUGAAACUGCUAUUCAUAUUUCUGUUGUAAACCAGACCAAAUGGUGGUUUGCAAAACGUUUUCUACACCCGGAUAUUGUCUCAGCAUAUUCUUAUAUAUUUCUAUGGGAUGAAGAUCUUGGUGUUGACCAUUUUGAUGCUCGAAGGUAUGUUUCAAUUAUUAAAGAAGAAGGGCUUGAAAUAUCACAGCCUGCUCUUGAUCCACAUUUGUCUGAAGUGCAUCAUCAACUUACCUCACGGGACAACAAAUCAAGAGUACAUAGGAGAACAUACAAAGUCAUUGGUCGGACUAGGUGCAACGAGCAUAGCACUGGACCUCCUUGCACGGGAUUUGUAGAAAUGAUGGCUCCUGUGUUCUCAAGAGCAGCCUGGAGGUGUACAUGGCACAUGAUUCAGAAUGACUUAAACCAUGGAUGGGGUAUAGAUUUUCAGCUUGGAUAUUGCGCUCAGGGUGAUCGAACCAAAAACAUCGGCAUUGUUGAUUCCGAGUAUAUACUUCAUCUUGGUCUUCCCACAUUAGGAGGUUCAGCUGAAAAUAAGACGGAAUCAGGACCAAUCGAUGAGACCAAGAGUCAGCAUAGUUCAGAAAAAUCUGUUCGGAAGCAGGCAUAUGCCGAGUUGGAGACCUUUAAACACAGAUGGAAAAAUGCUGUGAAGAACGAUGAAUGCUGGAUAGACCGAUUCAAGCCAUAAAAGUAUGCUCAUUUUCAACACAAUUAUACAUUCGUAGAAGGGAAAAGAGAAGUAGAGAUGAUUACAAGACUGUUAAGAUGACAGCGCUCUGAUGAUCUUCAUAUGGAUGAGGGACGUGCUGAAUCUAACCACUUAUUGGAGGUAUACGUGUAGCUCAACUUUGAGUCUUUAUAGGAUAUUACAAAUUUGUACUAGAGAACCGGAGAUUCUUGUCGACUGUUCUAUCUCCCACUUUUAUAGAGCUUCAAAUUUUAGAGCAAAAAUCUUACUGACGACUUAUAUAUGUACCAUAGGAAGUACACAAGGUUGUGAAAUAAAGCUGAGUUUUUUUUUACAAAUGGUUGGUUCAUGACUCUUUACGUUUUCUCUAUCUUCAUCCUGAGUAGCUCCAAUUAAACAAGAGCAGAUUUUCUUAUGAUUCUUGAGAUUAUUCCUCCAAUCUCCUCUCCACAAUCCUCUUGUACAUGAUGGCCAGCUCUUGCAGAAGUCUUCAACUCCUUUAUAGCUCAGCCACCUGUCUCGUUGUCCCCAGCACACGGUGGUCGGUAUUUUCCAGUCUUUAUCCAUCAGUGAUUUCCUCAUCUAACCUUGAGUUCCUUCUUCAUGGCUCUGCUGAUGGUGAGAUAAGGUCUUCAGUAAACCAUUGCAUCGUCUUCUGAAUUUAUUUUACGGAAGCACAAUAGUAAGAAGCAACUUUGAUGAAACCAACCUGAGAGAAAAUCUCCACGAGCAAGAAGUUGCUGAAUACAGACAAUGUUGAUGGAAGUUUAGCAUGUUCGGGUGUGAGAGGAGGAUUCAAGAGUAUGAGAUUCUUGAUCUUCUCUGUCGGUUUCUUGCGUAUUUUACCGCAGCAGUUGAGAAGUAGCCCGGCACAACAAGUGAUACCUACUGGUAGUUACUUCAUCAAUGAAUGACUGAAGCGACGAAAAACACUCUGCAAAAGCUGCAGAUUAUUCUGAUAAAUCUUGAAACUUUCUCGGGUUAAGGUCUGUUCACAACCAGGUUUAAAGAAUAUGUUACCGUCUAAUAUAUAGUUGAAUCCAUAUCUGGCCUGAGGCUUAUCAGAAAAUCCAAAUCCUAGCCAAUCAAAAGCAAUGGCGUGGUAAUUCUUUGAAAGCACGGGAAGAGCUUUCCAGUAAGAGUAAGACUAGUCACAAGAAAAUUGUGACAUCCCGGACCCGGAAUUAAACCAAAAAGCUCACGAUCCCGAGCCAACCCAGAAAAAUUGCCGUCACAUAUAAAAAGAAGCUGAAACCCUUAAAGGUUGGAU